AUGUCCAAAGAACAAUUAUUCCAGCUGCUGCCGCUGCCUGACGACGGGUUGCAGCAGGUGUUAGACCAUGGGGCAACACUAUCCAAAGUCGGAGCGAUCGAGUACUUUAGCACCCUGCUCGGCGACUCAUCGCAGGUCAUCGAUUUCAUUUCCACCUUCAACGCCCGCCGUGUAGAACCGAAGCCGACACCACGCAGCGCACCUGUCACCGCGCCCAGCUCAGGGCAGACUUCCGAAGCCGAUGCCGUCCCAAAGCAACGCCGCGGUCCUAAAAAGAAAAAGGCCGCGAUACAUACCCCGCCUCCUCGACAAGUCGCAUCGUUUGAGCUAGCGCCGGGGACAGUGUAUAACAAGAAGGGCCAACAAGAAGAUUAUAUGUCUGGGAGGUUAGGUACAUCAACGCCGCCGAACAACAAUGCGCACCGCACCAAUCUGGGGUCGUCACUCAAGUCCGCCACGCCAGCUCCCCAGUCAUCUAAACCUCCCCCGUCCGGGGCAGGCACUCUCGUCUCCGACCUUGGCCUCCCCAAACCCAAGCCAAAAUCCACCCCCGCCUCGCGCACCUCCACGCCCGGCCCAUCCUCCUCCCGUAACACCAACAACCCGCCGACCACCACAAAGAUCUCCAUCACGGGCGGCACCCCCAUGCACGGCAGCUCCACCGCGCUCAAUGACCUCGACCAAGCGAUCCGCUCUCUAGAGUUAACCACCAACCCAUCCCACGCCUCCAACGACGUCGCGGCACGGCGGUGCAACUGCGUAGCCACGCGCCACCCGCUGCUCGAGGCGGCGCCCAACUGCGUGAGCUGCGGCAAGGUGAUCUGCAUCAAGGAAGGGCUCGGCCCCUGCACCUUCUGCGGCGCGCCGCUGCUCAGCGCGGGGGAGGUGCAGACGCUGAUCCGCGAGCUGCGUGCCGAGCGCGGCCGCGAGCGCCAGGCUAUGGACCGCGAGGCGCACCGCAAGGCUGAGGCCGCGGGCCCGAAGAAGCCGUUUUCUCGGCCCGGCGUGGACAAGGCGGAUCUGACGGUGGCCGAGGCCAUGGCGCUGCAGCAUCGGGAUCGGCUGCUGGGGUUCCAAGAGCAGAAUGCGAAGCGCACGACGGUUAGGGAUGAGGCGGCGGAUUUUGAUGUCACGGAUGUGGGGGGCAUGUGGGCGAGUGCUGAGGAGCGGGCGCUGGCGCUGAAGCGGCAGCAGAAGUUGCUGAGGGAGAUGGAGUGGAACGCGAAGCCCGAGUAUGAGAAGCGCCAGCAGGUGGUCAGCAUUGACCUGUCUGGGCGGAAGGUUUUCAAGAAGAUGGCCAAGAUAGAGCGGCCGCCGAGUCCUGGAGAGGAGGAGGAUGGGGUUGGAGGGGGCGGUGUGUCAGUCACGCCGCGGGCGGAUGGGAGCAGUGGUGGCCAGGGCGGUGGUGCUUUCAGUAAGAAUCCGCUCUUGGGCGGCUUGGUCAGGCCGGUCUACGACAUCAAGGGGAAGGGGGAAGAGUUGGAGGGGAGGAAGGACAGGAGUGCGCGCUGGCGGAGGGUGCAGGAUGACCGGGACGAUAAUGAGGCUGUCAUACUGGACGGCGGCGUCUACGGGAAGAGUACUGAGUUACAAACAGGGGCUGGGGAUGAGCCAGCAUGUGGGUGA